CUCUUUCCAUCCAAAGUCUUAAGGACCAUCAUUUCCAUCCACAAUGGCCAAACUCGCCGUCACCGCAACCGUUAUCUUCUUCUUGUUCGCCCUCUGCCACGCCUUUACACCGUUAGAUCUACCGGAAAAUGAAGACGUGUCAUUUCACUUGCCCGGAUCCGUGCCCAACACCAUGAUCCUCUUACCCAGCGAGAAAUCCAAGUCCGAACCCGCCACCGCCGUGGAAUUGGAACCCGAGACCACCUCCACCGACGAAACCCAGCCCAAAUUGGAAGAAGCUGACGUCACCGUCACCGAGUUGACGGUUCCAACAGAAUCAGACGAUUCCGUCUCUAUUCCGUUAAAGACAAUCAGCUUCCGCCCGAUCGACCGCCACUUCAGGAGCCGUCCGAUCCCGUUAUAUUUCCGUCACGGCCACCGAUGCCGUUUCCACCGCUUCCAUCACCUCCGCCACCACCAGCACCACGAUCACGACGACAACGACAAAAGCGAGGACCAAAUCCGCGAGUUCAAGCAGUGGGGAUCAAAACCGAUAGUCCAUUCCACGAAUGACCGUGAGGUUCCGUACGGUAACGACAUGAUCUUGUCCUCCGGCAACGAGGACUCGAGCUCCGAUCGAGGAAUGGUGCGUCAGGCCCCUGCGAAAUGGAGAAGGUUCGGGCACGGUGGGCCCAGGUUCCAUAUCGAUGAUGACGUGGACACCAAGAUGAAGAUGAAGAGGCAUCAUCGCCACGUGGAGGGUCAAGUGUGGGACAGAGAAGAACACGAGGAGAGAGAGCAUAAACACAGGCACGAGCACGAGCACGAGCACGAGCACGAGCACGAGCACGAGCACGAGCAUGAGCAUGAGCAUGGGCAUGGGCAUGAGCAUGAGCAUACACAUGAGGGUGGGUUUAUGAGGAAGAUCCGCAAGUUUUUGAAUCAUCACUUUUGAAGCUAGCUAUGUUUGAUUAUCAUAGAGGCUCUUACUUUUAAUUUUAUGUGCUUAUUAUGUAUGUUUGGGUUUUUAUGUACUGUUUUAUGUGGGAGUUUUAUCCUUUUUGUAAAUAAUCUUUGCAUCCCUGAGGGAUGUGUAAGUAUAAUAAUACAUGUAUUAUACACUUUCCUACGUUUA